CUGUGUUCCCCUCCCCCUCCCUGUGUGUGUUCUCCCCCGCCACCAUGUCCACGUUUCGGUCCACGGUCGCCAACAACCUCAUCAACAGCGAUUUCCCCAUCGAGGAGCUCAUGAAGAGCACAGACACCGACACCACUGGCAAUAUGCAAGGCUCCUCCCCGCGCCACAGGGGCGCCGCUGCCUCCCCCGGGGCGGACCACUCCGGGACGCCCUCUGUGCACGUGACCACCCCCACUGGCACCAGCCAGUCCCAGUCCACCAGCCCCACAACAAAAACACUCACGCUGGACCUGCCGGAGGAUGCCGAAGCAGCGGGCAAGAGCAUCAAGACGGUGAAUGAGGAGACAGUGCGGCGCCCAACGCUCUUCCAGUCACUGGCUGCGUCGCUGUCGCGCAAGUCGCUGCGUCCGAAGGACAAGGAGGAGACUCCCAGCGCCGCCAUGGACCUGAGGACGCUGCAGACCAAGUGGCUGGCCAUCGAUGACGGCGGGAGUGUGGUCAUGAUCAACCCCAAGGCCGCCUGGAAGAUCUGCUGGGACAUCCUCAUCUUGGCGCUCGACUUCUUCUGCUACUUCGUGACGCCCAUUGCGCUGAUCUACGAAGGCGACGCCGGCACGGUCUUCCGCCCGCUGCCCAGGCACUUCGACCCCGUCGGGCUGCUCAUCGACGUCGUCUUCCUGGCAGACAUCGCUCUGACCUUCUUUACGAUAAGUCUGGACUCGUCGGUGUCUCUGGCAGCCCACCGAUACAACUACUGCCGGUUCUGGCUGUGGCUCCACCUGACCUCAGUGCUGCCAUCGGCCUUCCUCCCGGCCUUCAGGCUGCUGCGGGUGUUCGACCUGUUUCGCCUGUGGCAGCACUUCCGGUGGCUGCUGAAGAGCAGCGGGAACGUGUUCUUGUACCUGUUGGUACGGCUGGCGGCCUCGCUGCUGCUGAUGGGGCUGAUGCUGCACUUGUUCGGGUCAUUCUGGAUGGUCCUGGGGCUGAAUGAGCGGGGCAGCUGGAUCGACGGGUUCGACACAAUGGUGAGACAGAGAGUGAGAGUGAGAGAGAGACAGAGACACGAGCGGGUGGGGUGGCGUGUGCAGAUCCGCAAGGACGAGAUUGUCAACCAGAUGACGUACGCCUACUACUUCAUGAUGACGCUCUUCACGACCGGUACAUGCCAUGCACAGAUGUAGCACAGCACCUGCAAUUACUCCACGGUCCGUCCCUUCCUGCAUACCAUUCCUGCCUUUAGUUGGCUACGGCGAGAUCUUCCCCAAGACGAUCGUCGAGUACUGGUUCGCCUUGUUCAGCCAGAUAUGCGGGCUGCUGCUGGUGGGGUACCUGGUGGCGGUGUGCACGUCCAUCGUGCUGGCCAUGGGACAAGACUCAUUCAACCCACCUGAGUUUAAACUCAAACAGGUAUGGAUGUAUCUAUCGAUGAAUGAAUGAAUGAACGAGUUAGUCAAUGACAAAAACACACAAAGUCAACCACACGUGUGUGUGUGCCGUUUGUGCAGGAGCUGAUCUACUGGCUGUCACAGUUUGGCACCAACAUCACUCAGGCACACAACGACACACACACACGCACACAUAUAGGCACUGUCACAUCCAUCCAUCCAUCCAUGUCUGUCUCCAUUGGCCAACCAGGAAGAGAGCCAGGAGGUGUUGUGGUACUUCAAGCGGCCAGGCGAGGGAUACAAGUACCUCAGGGACCAGAAGUCAUCGCCCCUCCUGCACUCAUUCUUCUCCCACCUGCCGCCAUCCGUCCGCAUGAAGUUGGCAGUGGCCGUCUACGGCGACUUUGUCGACAAAUUUGAAGCCUUUCUCGAGGUGGGUGGGUGACCAAACGAAGAGACACCACAAGUCGGCUGGCUGCAUCCAUCCAUCCAUCCAUGUAUGGGCGGCAUUGCGUGUGUGUAGGCGAUAGAUGCGACUGAUGGAUUUGUGGAGGACCUGCUUCUCAACCUCCACCAACGAUACUACCGCAUGAAAAAAGGUACACACGCAAGCCAAUUCAUCGUCGGAAUCUCCCUCUCAAGCAAUGGGUGGAUGUGUGUGUGUGGUCGGUGCAGAUGGCGAUGCAGUGGUGGUCGUGCCGCUGGGCGAGCAGCUGCGGGAGGUGAUAUUCCUCACCGAAGGAAUCGCACUCGUCACCGGUAAGAGGGAGACAGUGAGACACAGAUGGACUCUGUCUGCUCCGUCCCCCACUCACUUAUUUCUUACCCCCUUUUGUUUUCAGCUGAGAAUGCUGAGGAGACACAGAAGGGUCUGCAGGUGGAGGGCGGCUUCUGGUUCGGGGGACACCAGUGCACAGAGGAGUACCACCCGUCACCCAUACAAGUGGAGGCACUCGACCCCAACCAAUCCAUCGUCGCGCACUGUGAGUGAUACAUGUGAUAGAGGGGAAUCGCAUCGCCCACGUCCAUGGCGUGUGUGUGUACGGGUUUCUGUCUGAUUCUGUCUAUUUAUUGUGUGUGGUCAGAUAUCGACAUGUGGAAGUGGCGUGCGGUGCUCGAGCGCCACCCCACCGUGGCCAGAAACAUAAUCGAGCUCUCAAAGAAACAAACGAUAGUAUAUGAAUCACUCCACUGAGAAACCUCCAUCCACACCAACUCAAUGACCCUUCAUCUUUCUCAUCUCUCUCAGGCGAUUUUGCAGAAUUUGAAGGUGCCCGAGCCGACCCGCUACACAUGCGGGGUUUGCCUGCUGCAGUGCUUCCGUGAUGGCUUGGGAAUGGCCGGUAUGGGCGUGUCGCUGCCCUUCCCAGUCACCAUCCCGGUGCAGAAGGUCGUCAAGGAAGAGACACAGAAACCAGGAGAAGAACCAGGUCAGCCGGAUGAGAGAGAGACAUGGCGGGAAGGGAAGGCCCAUGUCCCUUUCUUCUCUCUGAAGGCACGAAGGUCGAAGCUGCCAUUGGUGCUGGAGAAACUGAUCAGGCUGCUGUGGCACAAGCCCUCACCGCCACCGGCGUGCAGAUCAACGGCCUCCUGCUGCCCUAUCACGUCGGCUUCCAGGCCCCCCAGCAGCACCCGCCCCUCCGCGGCACCUUCAACUCAUCGAUCAUGUCGCCCCCCGCCUCAUCCAUGUGGGGCCACCUCACACUCGACACGACCCUCCAGGGCACGAAAGAGGCCGAGAUGCCCACACGGCCGCGCACACCGGGGCAGGUGCGCUUCCUCGAGAGCUCCCAGAGGUUCGCGCAGGACCUCGCCGGCACCAAUCCGCUCAGCACAAUGGGGGCGAGACGUGGCCUCGAAGCGCUGCCUGAGGACCGGCCCAUCACGCCUAUGUCGGUGGUGAGCACCACCCGGGUGAUUGCACAAGAUCCGUUUGAGGACAUACCGUUGUUUGAGGGCUACCUGCCCCGGGUGCUGCCCGCGAGCACCAGUGGCUCAUGGUCAUCGGCCAACCGGCUCAGAAGGUGAGAUGCUUGGGGGACUGAUGUGUGUGUGUGUGUGUGUGUGGAGAUAGAUGCUGUGCCUAUCUCUUGUGUGUACAGGGUACAGCAGGCGUACACUGUGGCGGCCCACCGAGGUUUCGGCGACGCCGCGUCCAACAAGAAGGUCAAGGCCGAGAUCGAGAAGCUCACCGUCAUCAAUCCCUUCGCGCACCCCUCAGUGCCGCCCCUGCCCAUCACCGCCCGAGCGCCGCCCAAGACACCCACUGGCGACCGUUCAUCCACCGGUUUCACACCCUACACGCCACAUACCUACAACACCACCUUCCACAUCUCUCCUCGAGGCCCUCCCGAGACCAAGCCGUCAGAGAAGCCUGCUGGGGAGCAGGAGCAGCGUCGUGGGACCACUUGGCUCGGCAGGGUGGUGGGUGGGCUGUUCGGGGGCGGCGCAGCCAAGACACCAAAGGUGGACAAGAAGGCCUCUGCAAGAUAUAUGGGGAAGGCGGUCAUGCGCGUACCCACUGUGCAGAGGUAGCCAGGGAGAAAGGGAAGCGCAGAAGGGGAUAGAUAAAUCGAACGGUGUCUCCCGUUUGUGUCUUGUAUGUAUUUUGUGUUGUGUCUGUACAGAGGCUCGAUUCGGCCAAGUUUCAGUGUGCAGGCGACAGCACGGCCCUCAGUGGCGCACAUCCAGUAAGCCCCUGCCUCCACGAGUGAGCCCACCCGCAAGUCUCUCUCUGCAUUCAUUCAUUCAUUCAUUCAUUCAGGGGUUUCAACCAACAGAACGUCUACCAGCACCACGUCAGUCAGCUACUUACUGCCAGCACGCAUCAAGAACCAACACACACAAUACAUACACCCUCACUCUCCCCUGUUCUCUCCUCCUCUGUUUUGUCAGCUGGCCACCACUACAGUCGAUCAGCGCCGCAUGUCCGCCAGCGCGCCAUCCCUCAUCGCCGCCAGCCGACGCACCGAGCGCCUCUCCACUGCAGCCAGACACCUGGUGCCGCCCAGCGCCAUGGCGGCAUCGGGGCAGCGGCAGUCUCCUCGCCCAUCGGUGCACUUCGAGCCCGGCACCAGCCCCAGCGCCAGCGACAGCUCACCGACCACAGUCUCCAGCAAAGUGGCCAAUGUGCCUGAGUGAACCAUACAAGUAUACGGAGAGAGGGUGUGUGUGUGUGUGUGUCGUGUCCCAUCUGAAUGAAUGGCCUUGAGUGCUGUGCAAUUUGGGCUUGUGUCACUUGCCUUGUGCUUUGGGUCUGGUGAGAGGAGACUGUGUGCUGCUGGUUCUUGUGCCGUUGUUUCUCAAUUACCUUUGAAGACUGAUAUUGGC